CAGCUGUCAGGACCAAUGAACGUGUCGCCCGCGGCCUAUAAGAGUCUGCUGGGCUGCGGACCACGGGCUCCAGGGUCGCCGCUGGUGCCGCUGCGCAGGUGUGCUUAGGGCUUUCCUUGCCGCAGCUGCCGCCCUGCUCCUGCAUCCCCGCCCCCUAGCCUAGGCCCAGCCGCUCCCCCUGCUCUCUUCCCCCUAGCCACCCCCUCGGUUUCUGCCGUCGGGGCCCCGGGGCCAGGCGAAUGAUGCCGUCGGAGAGCGGGGCUGAGCGCCUGGACGGGGCAGCUGCGCAGGUGGGGACGGCUGCGGCCACGGUGGCCCCGGGAGGCGGCGGCCCGGACCCGGAGGCCUCGUCUGCUUCCCCUGAACGGCACCUGAGCAGGCUGACCUGGCCACAGGUGAAGCGGCUGGACGCGCUCUUGAGCGAGCCGAUUCCCAUUCACGGGCGCGGCAACUUCCCCACGCUGAGCAUGCAGCCCCGGCAGAUCGUGCAGGUGGUCCGCAGCAGCCUCGAGGAACAGGGACUUCGGGUACAUAGUGUACGGCUACAUGGCUCGGCCGCCAGCCAUGUGCUGCACCCUGAGAGUGGCCUGGGCUACAAGGACCUGGACCUGGUAUUCCGGGUGGACCUGCACAGUGAGGCGUGCUUCCAGCUGACCAAGGCUGUGGUGCUAGCCUGCCUGCUGGACUUCCUGCCAGCUGGUGUGAGCCGGGCCAAGAUCACACCAUUGACACUCAAAGAGGCAUACGUGCAGAAGCUGGUGAAAGUGUGCACGGACACAGACCACUGGAGCCUCAUCUCACUGUCCAACAAGAGUGGUAAGAAUGUGGAGCUCAAGUUUGUGGACUCGGUGAGGCGCCAGUUCGAGUUCAGUGUCGACUCCUUCCAGAUCAUCCUGGACUCUCUGCUGCUUUUUGGCCAGUGCUCAUCCACGCCCAUGUCUGAGGCCUUCCACCCAACGGUGACAGGUGAGAGCCUGUAUGGGGACUUCGCCGAGGCCCUGGAGCACCUGCAGCACCGUGUCAUCGCCACGCGCAGCCCAGAGGAGAUUCGAGGCGGUGGUCUCCUCAAGUACUGCCACCUCCUAGUGCGGGGCUUCCGGCCACGGCCCAGCACUGAUGUGCGUGCCCUGCAGCGGUACAUGUGCUCCCGCUUCUUCAUCGACUUUCCCGACCUGGCAGAACAGCAGCGCACUUUGGAGCGCUACCUGGAGGCCCAUUUUGGCGAGGGCGACACCACCCGCCAGUACGCCUGCCUGGUGACGCUGCACAGGGUGGUCAACGAGAGCACCGUGUGCCUCAUGAACCAUGAGCGCCGCCAGACGCUGGACCUCAUUGCCACACUGGCUCUCCAGGCACUGGCUGAGCAGGGCCCGGCUGCCACUGCUGCCCUGGCUUGGUGCCCCCCAGGUGCUGACGGGCUUGUGCCAGCCACUGUCAGUUACUAUGUGACCCCCGUGCAGCCUCUGUUGGCUCGGGCCCACUCCUAUCCCACCUGGCUGCCUUGUAACUGACUCAGACCCUGGCCAGAAAGGACCAGGCCUCUUGGGCUGGGGCCAUCAGGAAGGUGUGGAGGAUACGACCAAAGACAGGUAGGCUGUGCCAGCUGGCCCAGCUCUGCUGCAGGGUUGGGCCUUCAGCUGAACCCGUCAGACUUCCCUAAGUGAGGCUUCUGUGGGUUUAAGGCCAAGCUGGAGCUCUUGACAGGAGGACCCUUUGGUCAUUGCACCACACCCUGGGACUGCAUGGUUGUGGGGCACAGGGCCUGCUUGUCCAGAGGAUGAGUGGCCUUCAGGAGACUGGGUGCAGACUGGGUGGUAGCCUCAGCACCCCAAAUCUUCAGUUGACUUCCAUGGCCUUGAAAAGAUCUUUUUGACUACAUCAGCCCACAGUUAUCCUAGGUAUCCUAUUUACCCCCAAGGGCAUGCAGCCCGUGCACUGGCUAAAAUACAGAAUGUGACAGAGAGUACUCACUUUGGCUCUGGCUGGACCACUGGCAGAGUAUGGAGCUCCAACCAUCUAAAUCAUUGGGAGGAGGGAAAUGGAGGCAUGAGGCAGCUCCCUGAGUUUGGGGAGGGAUGGGCUUAACCCAUUCUCCUAAAACCUGUACCCCAAGCUGGGGAGCUUUCCUCUUAAGGGGUAGAGGUGUGCAGAGAACAGGAGCCAAGCAGCCAGGGUGAGAUGCAGCCCACGCCUUCCCACUGUGCUGCUCCUUUUCCUUGGGUUGUGAGGAGCUCUGGUGCCUGGGAAUAUAUCCUUCAGAGGGUGGUGGGUCCACAUCUGUCACAGUCAAGUCCAGUACUCCUGCCCGACUGGCUUGGUUGUAGGACUUUUACAUGGGGGAGGGGAGCCACAUCCCCACCUCCUUUUCCAUUGCUCUAGAUUUGCUAUUUUGCACCACCUGUCAAUAAAGAUUCCCUACACUGAGCCCAGCAGCAUGCUUUCUCCUGGAAGAAAGACGUUCCAUGGCUGUGGAGCUGCCACUGUCUCCCCAGUCUGAGUCUGGCUUUUAUAGUGGGAAGUGGCCUGUGGGUGGGGCUUGAGGUCUAGGCAUGGCUGCAGGACAGCUCCUCCUUCCCGCCUACCAUCCCCAGACUGACAACCAUAAACUGGGAGCUUAUGUCUACAGUGUUACCUGCACCUGUGGGUUGCCUCAGAAAGUCUGGGACUCUUAUUGAAGAGGAAAUAUUUCCAUGUCUCCGGGCUUCCUACCUGAGGUUCUAGUAGCCCCAGACCUAGCUUUCCCCUCCCAGUGCCCAGGGCUGCUUGAUUCCAGCUCUGCCCACGUCAUCUCUCCCCAGGGAGCAAGUGGGGAACAAGCUGGGUGAAUCCAGACCAGUAGUGGCAGCUGAGAUGGGGGACUUCUAGGUAGUGCCCAGGUAGGGCCUCACUACUUGGGAGAGACUCCCUGAUCCUUUGGCUUUGUCCUCACCUGCAAGUGCAGAUGUGUAGACUCUGGCUCACUGUGAGCAGGUCCCUCAGAGGAGCGGUCUCUGUGAACCCAGCAGGGGCCAUACCAGGCUGUCUGGAAGUGCCACCCACAAGCCCUCAGGAGCUGUUCCCUCAGGGCAUCAGCCACUCACCCCUGGACGCUGCCCACUGUUUACCCUACCUCUUUGAUCCAAGGAUUGCAAAGCUCUUAACAUAGGGGCCUCAUUAGGGGCCUCUGAAGUGGUGACUUCGAUGGUUCCAGCCAGGGUGGGAAAGACAAAGCCACAGAGGAGGUCUCAGGUCAUCAGGGUGAGUCCAGCCACCUCACCUGCUCCAUGGGCCCCUGCUGGGUGCCCCAGCCCCUUCUGCUCCUGGGCUGUGAGUGGCUGGUUGACUGGAAAGGCUUUUCUUACUUGGUGAUUAAAAACUGUCCCCUACCCCCACCCCAACUGUGCUGACAACUGGGGUUCUGGGAGGGACGAUGUUUGUUCCACUUGGUUUGGCCAUUUGAACAUAGGUACGGGGGGUACUCAGUGUAAAUACAACAGGCGCAGCUUAUUGGAGUGGGGUGGGGAUCAGCUGCCCAUGAUUGUUUGAAGGGCACAAGGAAACCGGAAACCUAUACCGUGAGUGUGUGUGUGCGUGCGCGCCCGCGCGCAUGCAUAGCAUCCAGCCCCCAUCCCCGUGCCAGCUACCAGGCUGUUACCAGGCUAGGUGCUGGGAAUAAAUUAAAUCAACAGACAAAAGACAGACACCCCUACCCUUGUGAAGAUUACAUUCUAGUGGGGCACACAAAAUAAAUCACAUGGCCUUAGAAGGUCACUGAUGCAUAAAAAUACAUACAGCAAGGAAAGGGAUUGGAAGGGCUGGGUUUGCAAAUUUAAAAAGACAGGGUGCACCUCAUUGAGAGACACCAUCUGACUGCAUAAAGUUUUAAAGGCAGUGGGAAGGGAGCCAUGUAGAUGUCUGGGCAAUGUUCCGGGCUGAGGGCCUUGUCUGAUGCACACGUGCCCUGGCAGGCUUGUCUGAGGGAGGGCUGUGCUGGAGGGUUUCUGGCUGGCCCCAUGCCACUGCACACACGUGCAUGGGUGUGAGGCAGUCAGGGCAUGCAAGACGGGGUUCACAGCCACAGCUACCAUCUGGUGAACCUUACUCCAGGCCAGGCACCGUGCUCCGGUCUUCUGGCCUUCCUGAUGGUUCUCUCAUUUCAUCUUUGUGAAAACUCCACAAAAAAGAGCAUUGUUUCCACUUUACAGAUUGAGAAAACUGAGGCCAAAGAAGUCAAGAUUUGUAACUCCAGAAGCACUCCUGCUGUGUACCAUCCUGUCCCUACACUCUGACUUUAUGUGGAUGACUGUGACAGGACAUCUGUACAUAUAAUGUGCCAGGGCAUUUUUUACAUCACGGCAACAUUUGUCAUUUUAUGUGUGACUGGCAGAGUAAUGUACCAAGAGGUACAUUUUCUCCACGUAUAUGACACUAGGCAUGGCCUGUGAUGACUGUCCUAGGCCUGUGGUGGCAACUGCAUGCCUGUGGGUGUGUCUGGGAGUGGUAUGGUGUUUUGGGUGUGAGAAAAACACUGACUCAGUGGCUGACUUUGUUCCUCUUGUGGGCAAUUUCUGCAGCCACCUAAGAUGCCAAGACAGGAAUCAGGAACUGGGAAUCAGAGUGACUCGGGGGACAGCUGAGGGAAGAAAGUCCUGUCCUCCCCGUUCAAAUUCCCCACCUACCUUUGCCCAGAGGGGAACCCACAGUGCUAUGACUUUAGGAAAGGCGUUUCCAGACAGUUGCAUUGUCUGCCGCACCUGCAGACCCACUCUCCACCCUUCCGUCUGUACCCUGAGGAGACUGACAUCUAUGGAGAUAUCAAUGGCUCCCUUGUUCCCUGGCUUCUGGUUGUGUGACAGUGAGACUGAAAGGAGAAGGUGUUUAUCCUCCCUAUUCCUACUCCACCUAGUUAUGAGGCUUGACUGCAUCCUUCAAAGGAAGGACUGCUCCUGGCAGCAGCCCUCUCCACAGCUGCCUCCCUCCUGCCCUCCCUGCCCAGGAACUGAAAGCUUUCCACCCUUGGAGCCCCAAAUUCUGGGCUGGACCCCAUAGCUUCCUGUGUGCUAGGCAAGUGCUCUACCACUGAGUUAUUCCCUCAGCCCAUUUGUUAGUUUCUUAAGCCCAAAGCUUAAAUUCUUCAAGUACCUUUAAAAAAAAAUCCUCCCAGUAUGCAUGUGCCCUGUCUUCUAGGGGGACCAUAAGGGACAAGCAGGUUUAUAGUCACAACCCCCACAGGCUGUCAUGCUGCCACCUUAGCACAAAUGGUUAGGGCUAGGGUGGUUGUUCAGGGGUAAAGCACUUGCCUAGCAUAGGUAAAGGCCCUGGGCUCAAACCCAGUU